GCAUCUAGCUGUAAAAUGACAGAGCCAUUUAAUUUUGAGAAAAAUGAAAGCAAGCUUCCACCACAUGAGUCUUUAAGAAGUAUCGGAGGACAUCCUAACCAUCCUAAUUUCAGGUUGAAAAGCCCAGAGAAUGGAAAUAAAAAGAAAAAUUUUUUGCUUUGUGAGCAAACCAAACAGUAUCUGGCUAGUCAGGAAGACAAUUCAGUAUCUUCAAACUCUAAUGGCAUCAGUGGAGAAGUGGCUGGAUCCAAAGGAGACAGGACGAUGCUGCCAACAGGUAACUCUGUGUCACCAUUAAAUGUUGGAAAUAAUUCACCACCCAAAGAAGUAAAUAGUAAGACUAGCAAUAAUGUGUCUCCUGCAAAAUCAAAAAAAGUACACAAGUUGGUUGAGAGUUCCUUGUCCAUAAAUGAUUCAGCACUCUUCAGCUCAUUAGGACCUCCUCUUCAGUCGACAACUUGCCAUUGCUGCGGUCUGUUUGGGCCGCUGAGGUGCUCACAGUGCAAGCAGACGUACUACUGCUCUGUUGCAUGCCAGAGAAGGGACUGGGCAGCCCACAGCAUCGUGUGCAAACCUGUUCAGCAGAAUUUCCACAAACUUGAAGAUAAUAAAUCACCUUUUGAAACAAAGAACAUGGAAGUGAAAAAAGAGAGUGACUGUCCUCUUGGAGUUACUAAAGAAAUAGCCAUUUGUGCUGAUAAAAUAAUGUUUUCUGAUUUGAGAAGCCUACAACUCAGGAAAAGCAUGGAAAUAAAGGGUAUAGUUACUGAAUUCAAACACCCAGGUGACUUUUAUGUGCAGUUACAUUCUUCAGAAGUUUUAGAAUACAUGAACCAACUGUCUGCGAGCUUAAAGGAAACAUAUGCAAAUAAGGCACAUGAAGAAGAUUAUAUUCCUGUAAAGGGGGAAGUUUGUGUUGCCAAGUACACUGUCGAUCAGACCUGGAACAGAGUAAUAAUACAAGAUGUUGAUGUGCUGCAGAAGAAGGCACAAGUCUUAUAUAUUGAUUAUGGAAAUGAAGAAAUAAUUCCAGUAAACAGAAUUCACCAACUAAACAGAAAAAUUGACUUGUUUCCUCCUUGUGCCAUAAAAUGCUUUGUAGCCAAUGUUAUCCCAGCAGAGGGGAAUUGGAGCAAUGAUUGUAUCAAAACUAUUAAAUCACUGUUAAUGCAGCAGUACUGCUCUCUAAAGAUUGUGGACAUCUCAAAAGAAGUGAUUUCCUUUGCUGUGGAUGUUAUGCUGACAAGUUCAGGAAAAUUCUUAGACCAUGUGCUCAUAGAAAUGGGAUAUGGCUUGAAACCCAAGGGACAAAAUUCUAAGAAGCAAAGUGCGGAUUCAAGUGAUCUUGAAGAUGUCAGGAAAAUCACAGCUGAAAACAAAAUUAUUAUAGACAGAAGUGGCCUAAUCCCCAAAGUGUUGACUUUGAGUGUAGGUGAUGAGUUUUGCGGUGUGGUCGCCCACAUUCAGACUCCAGAAGACUUCUUUUGUCAACGACUACAAAGUGGGCAUAAGCUCGCUGAACUUCAGGCGUCACUUACCGCGUACUGCAGUCAAGUGUCUCCACGCUCUGAUUUUUAUCCAACCAUUGGUGAUAUCUGCUGUGCUCAGUUCUCUGAGGAUGACCAGUGGUACCGUGCCUCUGUUUUGGCUUAUGCUUCUGAGGAAUCUGUACUGGUCGGAUAUGUAGACUAUGGAAACUUUGAAAUCCUUAGUUUGACAAGACUUUGCCCCAUAACUCCGAAGUUGUUGGAAUUGCCAAUGCAAGCUAUUAAGUGUGUGCUGGCAGGAGUAAAGCCAUCAUUAGGAAUUUGGACUCCAGAAGCUAUUUAUCUGAUGAGAAAAAUUGUACAGAACAAAAUGAUCACAGUGAAAGUGGUGGACCAGUUGGAAAACAGUUCCCUGGUGGAACUUAUGGAUAGGUCUGUGAUGCCCCACAUCAGUGUCACCAGAGUGCUCAUCGAUGCAGGCUUUGCCGUGGGGGACAAGGGGGUAGUGACAGUUAAGCCCAGUGACAUGAAAGAAGCCAGUGUUCCCUCGGGUGUAGAAGCAGAAAUCAGUCUGUUGGAGUGGACGUGGGUUGAACUUGCUGUUGAUCAGACAGUAGAUGUUGUGGUCUGUGUGAUGUAUAGUCCUGGAGAAUUUUACUGCCAUGUGCUUAAAGAGGAUGCUCUAAAGAAACUCAGUGACUUGAACAAAUUGGUAGCAGAAUAUUGCCAGCAGAAGUUGCCUAAUAAUUUUAAGGCAGAAGUAGGGCAGCCUUGUUGUGCUUUUUUUGUAGGUGAUGGUAAUUGGUAUCGUGCUUUAGUCAAGGAAAUCUUAUCAAAUGGAAACGUUCAAGUACAGUUUGUGGAUUAUGGAAACAUUGAAGAAGUUACUGCAGAUGAACUCCAAAUGAUCCCAUCCAAAUUUUUAAAACUUCCAUUUCAGGGGAUACAGUGCUGGCUAGUAGAUAUACAGCCUAGAAACAAACACUGGACCAGAGAAGCCAUAGCAAGAUUUCAGACGUGUGUCACAGGGAUAAAACUCCAAGCCCGAGUGGCUGAAAUCACUGAAAAUGGAGUGGGAGUUGAACUCACCGAUCUUUCCACUUCUUAUCCCAGGAUAAUUACUGAUGUUCUGAUUGAAGAACAUCUGGUUUUAAAAGCUAGUUCACCAUGUAAAGACUUAGUGAAAAACAGUCCUGUUAAUAAACAUGGUCUUCAAAUUGAUGCCCCAUGGCUUCAAGCCACCUUUUCAGCUGAGCAGUGGAGGACAAUAGAAUUGCCAGUUAAUAAAACUGUACAGGCAAGCGUAUUAGAAAUCGUAAACCCAAACUUGUUUUAUGCUCUACCAAAUGAAAUGCCAGAAGAUCAGGAAAAACUGUGUGUAUUGACAGCCGAAUUGUUAGAAUAUUGCGGUGCUCGGAAAAGUCGAUCGGCCUGUAGACCAAAAAUUGGAGAUGCAUGCUGUGCCAGAUACACAGGUGAUGAUUUCUGGUACCGUGCCGUUGUUCUGGGGACGUCAGCUGCUGAUGUGAAAGUGCUCUAUGCAGACUAUGGAAACAUUGAAACUCUGCCUCUUUGCAGAGUGCAGCCAAUCUCUGCCAGCCACCUGGAGCUUCCUUUCCAAAUUAUUAAAUGUUCCCUUGAAGGACCAAUGGAAUUGAAUGGAAGCUGUUCUCAAUUAAUAAUAGAGCUACUGAAAAAUUUAAUGUUGAAUCAGAAUGUAAUGCUUUCUGUAAAAGGAUUUAUCAAGAAUGUCCACACAGUGUCAGUUGAGAAGUGUUCUGAGAAUGGUACUAUCAAUAUAGCUGAUAAGCUGGUGAUGUAUGGUCUGGCGAAAAACAUCACAUCUGAAAAGCAAAGUGCUUUAAAUAAAGAAAAGGUGAACAGGAUGAACUGCUGCUGCACAGAGCUACAGAAACAAGUUGAAAAACAUGAACAGAUUCUUCUCUUCCUCUUAAACAAUCCAACCAAUCAAAACAAAUUUACUGAAAUGAAAAAAUUGUUAAAAAAAACAGUCUCAGAGAUCAACACUUACGAGAAAGGAAACAGUGAAGGCUUGACUGAGGAGAGAAAGUACAGCAUCCUGUGUUUUUGUUUCUUGGAAACUUUUUCUUUAAUGACAUUUUAUGCCUUAAUUUUUGUUUGCUUACCACUCUUCUGUCUAGGCGGGGUAGUUUUAUUUUUUUCCCUCGAAGUUCUUCCCCCCAAAUAAGUCUUGCAUAAAAGAUUCAUACCAAGUGUGUGGGAAUAUGGGAAGGGAUACAUAGGGGCUGUCUAGUGUACAUGUAACUUUUUAUUACUUAAAGGUACUGAAGAAAAUAUGGCUCUGGGUUAGUACUGGAUCAAUUUAGUUGAUAGACACAUGAGUUUUAUUUUUUGGAUUUUUCUGUAUGUUUGAUAUAUUUCAUAGUAAAAUAUGCCCUGCUCUCCCUGUCACAGUCUGCCUCUUCCACAUAAUAAAUGUUCUUUGGUUUGUU